AUGUCUGCAUUCGAAUUACCAGACGAUAUUUGGUUAGAAAUUAUUUCAUUCCUAGAUUCUCACGAUAUUAUCAAAAAUUGUUUUUUAAUUUCAAAACAAUUUUUGGGUAUUAUAAAAAGUUAUUCGAAACUUUCCAUACGAGUGAAAGCACCUUUGCAUGGAACAAUUAAUAUUUUAUUAGAAACCUUGUUGAAAUCAUUUUCCGGGAGAAACUUGACGAAACUUGAUCUGAGAAGAAAUUUUAUUCAUGCAAAAUUGGCAGAACAUUUAGGGAAUUUGCACCAAUUGACCGAUUUAAAUGUUGACGAUUCUUUUAUUGUAGAACCUGCAAUUGAUUCUAUUCGCUACUUGACUAAACUGUCAACACUUUCGAUCAAUUCUAAUAAUUUAAAAACAAAGGAAUUGAAAAUUAUCAAGGAAAUGAAACAAUUAACAGUUCUAUCGAUUGCAAAGAAUUCAAUGCAAUCUGGAGGUGCUAAAUUAUUACGAAACCUUUCCAAUUUGACUAUUCUAAAUAUUUCGAAUAAUCGAAUUGGAAAUGAAGGAUGGAAAUAUUUAUGUUCAAUGAAACAAUUAACCAAACUAAACAUUUCUGGUACUAACAUUUCUUCUGAAGGAAUUUCAUACCUAACCAACUUUCCAAAUUUAACAGAAUUGAACUUUUCUGGAAAUACCAGUUUGAGAUUUUCUCAAAAAGUACAAGAACAAUUGAGUGAAUUGAAAUAUUUAACGAAACUUGUCAUCAAUUACAUCCAUCCUAUUCCAAUUGAUGACCUUCAAUAUAUUCACAAAUUAGAGAAACUCACCAGUCUUUCUCUCAAAUCUAAUUUCAUGUACGAUGCGUCAGCAAUUCACAUUUCAAAGUGUGAGAAAUUAACCUAUUUGGAUGUUGCAAUUAAUAAUUUGAGUGAUGCUGCAGCAGAAGCAUUUUCUCAUCUACCAAAUUUGAAAUAUUUGAAUAUUUCUGAAAAUUAUCUUUCCAAAAAAGGAGUCGAGCUAUUACGUAACAUGCCCCAGUUGACCAGUUUGAUUUAUGAAAGCGAAUUGUUAUGA